AUGGACUCAGAUGAUAAUUUCCCAGCAGCUAAGCGCAUCAUUACCGAAAUUCAAUGUAUAGUCAAUAGUGAUCCUAAUCUGAAAGAAUUUGAUCUAGUCAUCCAACCAGAGAGUCAAAAUAAAUCUCCAGUGAUAUACAUAGAUCAUUGUUUAGGUCUAGAGUCGUGGUGUGUACGCCAUGUGUAUGAAUAUGUCUACCAAAAACUUGUUUCUGUAAGAAAACGAUUAAAAAGACAAGUGUCCAACGAAACAAUAACAUUGCUAACAUCUGCUCUCUUGUUAAAUCCUGAAGUGCUAACAUUUUGGAAUAUGAGACGAGAGUUAAUUCUUGAUGGAUAUUUGAAGCCAGAUGAUGAAUUACAAUUUUCAGCUGUUGUUUUGACAUUUAAACCAAAAUGUGCUGAAAUAUUCACCUACAGAAGAUGGAUAUUCUUUAACAUUUUAAAAGAUUUUAGCUGUAAUGAUAUUGUACUCAAUGAGUUGGCAGUAGGAUUAACAGCUGCCGCUGGCUAUCCAAGUAAUUACAAUGCAUGGAAUCAUUGUUUUUGGUUUAUUCAAAAAUCACUUGAACAUGAGAACUUUUCCUUGAUCUCUCAUCAGUGGGAAAAAACUAAAGUUUGGUGCAGUGAACAUAUAUCAGACCAUAGUUGUAUGCAAUACAGACAACGGCUGCUUAAAUGUUUAGUUGCUGAUAAAAGGUGCUUACAACAUCUGGAGUGUUGUACAUCCAAGUCCCUUUUGCGAUUUUUUAACUCUGAUGAAAGGCAUAAACUUAUGAGGCCAUCAGAAGACUAUUUUGGUGAAGCUAUUGGUGUUGCUUUAGAUGAAUUAUAUUUUAAUGAAGAUCUGAUUGUGAUGUAUCAUAGUCAUGAAUCUCUAUGGAAUCACCGUAGGUUUUUAUGUUAUUUAUUAGUAAAUAUUUAUAAAAUUGACUGUAUUAAAGAAGCAUUAAUGAAAAAUGAAAGGAGAGUUUCUACUAAAUUAUUAAACAGUAAUGAGUUAUAUGUUAAAAAACAUGUUUUGUGGCUUCAAACAGCGUUAUGCAUUCCUAUAAAAUUACUUUAA